AUGUUUCACAUCGAGAGCUUCGGCUGGAAUGAUAUCGGAUACAAUUUCCUCGUUGGCGGCGAUGGAGAUGCUUACGAAGGCAGAGGAUGGAAGAAAGAAGGCGCGCACACCCUGGGAUACAACCGGAACAGCAUAGGCGUUUGCUUUAUAGGGACAUUCAUCAACGAACCACCACCAGCAAAUCAAAUCGCGGCAUUCCAUCAUCUGAUGGAAGUUGGAGUUCAAAAUGGAUUCCUCACCAAGGAUUACAAAGUUUUGGCGGCGAAACAGCUAUCGGCGACUCUUAGUCCUGGAGAAGCAUUUUAUAGGGUCAUUAAGACGUGGAAGCAUUGGUCGCCACAUCCAUGA